AUUAUGGCGGAAAUGUCAGACGAAGACCUUGCAAUGAGGGCCGAUGAAAUCACAGAUGAAUCUUUGGAGAGUACCCGGAGGAUGUUACAGAUGACCGAGGAGAGCAGGCAAGCUGGGGUGAAAACUCUGGACAUGUUAGACGAUCAAGGACACCAAUUAAACCGUGUUGAAAAAGAACUGGAUAAAAUCGAUGAGGACAUGAAGGAUGCUGAGAAGUAUCUAAAGAAGUUGGCCAAGUGCUGCGGUUUAUGCAUGUGCCCAUGUGACAAACAGGAGAACUUUGAGGAGACAGAGCAAUACAAGAAGGCAUACGGCAAGGAACAGGGCAGUGACAUGCAAGUGAUGUCCCACCAACCCCAUGGCAGUCAAAUUCAGCAGCAAGUUAAAGCUGGUGGAGCACAGGGUCCAGUAAUACAGAGAGUCACCAAUGAUGCACGUGAAGAUGAAAUGGAAGAGAAUCUACAGAUGAUGGGCAACUAUAUGGGAGACCUGAAGAGUAUGGCAUUAAGCAUGGGCACUGAAAUCGACAAGCAAAACGUGCAGAUUGAUCGCAUCACAGAGAAGACCGAUACCAACAAAGCGCGGAUUGACGAAGCGAGGCGGACCGCUGACAAACUCCUAGGAAAAUAGUGGGAAACGGGGCAUCAUCUUGGAGACCGUCUACACUUGAUGGAUCUUAUGAAACAGGUUGACUCUUAAGUAUAGAAUCUGAUAAGUUUUGAGGGGCUGGAUGGCCUCCUCUGAACACAGCCAUUUAUGUCAUAUCAUGUAAACUAAAUUCGGCAAGCAUUAGUAUACAUUAGCAGUAUGAAACCAUACAAAUUAUGUUAUAGAAAUGCAAAUCCUUAAGUGGAUUAAACAAUAACAAUUUGAUUAUUUAAGUUUGUGUGUGUUCAAAUUAUUUACUCCACAUUAAAGUGCAAAAUAAACUUUUGUCUGCCUGGAAGAAACAAUGCUAAAAGCUGCAUAGGGAACUACUUCUUCUUUGAGAUCAAAGUUUAGUGCAUAA